AUCGCACGUCAUGUCGACUUCACAUCACUAACAUAACCUCAAACUUAAAAAUAAAUAAUUGAUAAAAUAUUUUUUAUUUUAAGUUUUCAUUUCACAUGGAUCAUCAUGAUUGUUUUUUAUGAUAUCCUUUGAAUCUCGAAUCUCUUUAAAUUUAAGUGUAAAGUUUGUAUUAUAAAUAUCAUACGUUAACGUAAUCAUAUAACAAAAGUCUGCAACAUAUAAAUAGCCAAAAGACUGAAUGAUUGUGCCAGAUAUAACAAAAUUUAGAAAUAAAGGUCAGCAUGCAGUACAUUAAUAUAUCAUUGCUUUUUGAUCCUUUACAAAAUCAACGAUACUCCCGAUGAAAUACAACUGAAAUAGUUAACAGAAUUAAUCUGUAGUUCUUAAGAUCAAUUUGGUAAUUCACAAUUCAAAAUGUCUUCCAAAAGCGAAUUAACAAAGUUAUCAGAAGAAAGUCUAACCCGUCAGCCAGAAGAAGUAUUCGAUAUAAUAUGCAAAUUAGGCGAGGGUUCCUACGGAAGCGUCUACAAAGCAUUUCACAAAGAAUCCGGACAAGUGUUAGCCAUAAAACAAGUGCCUGUCGACACCGACCUUCAAGAAAUAAUAAAAGAAAUUUCAAUUAUGCAACAAUGUGAUAGCACUUACGUCGUUAAGUAUUACGGAAGUUACUUUAAAAAUACAGAUUUGUGGAUAGUCAUGGAAUAUUGUGGGGCCGGAUCAGUUUCUGAUAUAAUGCGAUUACGAAAAAAGACAUUAGACGAGGACGAAAUUGCCACAAUUUUAUGCGACACCUUGAAAGGUCUUGAAUACUUACAUUUAAGAAGAAAAAUACACAGAGAUAUUAAAGCUGGAAAUAUUUUGUUAAAUUCCGAAGGGCAUGCCAAAUUAGCCGAUUUCGGUGUGGCUGGUCAAUUGACUGACACAAUGGCAAAGAGAAACACUUUGAUUGGCACCCCAUUCUGGAUGGCACCAGAAGUUAUUCAGGAAAUAGGUUACGAUUGCGUGGCCGAUAUUUGGAGCCUGGGAAUAACUGCUUUGGAAAUGGCCGAAGGCAAACCACCUUAUGGUGACAUCCAUCCGAUGAGAGCUAUUUUUAUGAUACCUACAAAACCUCCGCCAUCUUUCAGAGAACCUGACAAGUGGAGCGCUGAAUUCAUUGAUUUCGUUAGCGGCUGCUUAGUUAAAAACCCAGAAGAACGAGCUUCCGCAAGUGAUCUAUUAAAUCAUGAAUUUAUCAAAAACGCUAAACCGCCAACAAUCCUAAAUAUUAUGAUACAGGAAGCUCAUGAAAUACGUGAAAAUAAAAUAAAAAAUUUAAACUCCGCUAAAAAUCUGCAAGGCUUGAAAAAAAAUACCAACGAAGGGUCGGAAGAGGAUGUUGGAUUAGCCAAUCAAACUAUGAUUUCGUUUGCUGAUGAAGCUACUUUAGUUCCUAAUAAGGGUGGUACUUUAGUACCGAUGUCGCCGAGUGGUACAUUGGUAGAAUUAGAAUCGCAACUCGGUACUAUGGUUAUUAAUAGUGAUAUAGACGAUCAAACUAUGAAACGCCAUUACACUAGCUCGACACAGGGAGAGAAGUAUAGACCAAUGUUUCUAGAUCAUUUCGAUAAAAAUGAGGCUGAAAUUAAACAGGGCAAUUCGAGCCCAUUAACUUUGGAGACUGCUUUAUCUGCUAAAGAUCAACAAAACUAUAAUAACUUUCAUAUAUCCGAACAACAACAAUCAUCUCAGUCAGUCCAAGUCCAACCUUUGGAAUAUCAUCAAAUUUUUAAUUAUGGAGAUUUUGAAUUCUUGAAGUAUCUCAGUUUCGAAGAACUUCAGCAAAGGAUGAAUACUUUGGAUUCGUAUAUGGAGAGAGAGAUAGACGAACUUCGUAAAAGGUAUCAAGUUAAAGGGCAACCCAUUUUAGAUGCGAUGGACACCAAACGGAAAAGGUCACAGAAUUUUUGAAGAGUUACUAUUGGUU